AUGAGUAUCGACCCGUUACUCACCUCACAUGCCUCCGUACUCUCUGUGCGCACCCAUAUUUUCGCCGCCUUCGCCGCUGUGGCCUGGUAUAAUGCCAUUGAACUCAUCAUUAUAUGUUUCGCCACGUUCAAGCGCUGGCGUGGGACCUACUUCUGGAGUCUGCUUGUGGCUUCCGCCAGCAUCGUCCCUCUCGUCCUGGGAUAUGUGCUUCUGUUCUUUCCCACCGGUGUCCCCGCAACCGUUUGCGUCGCAUUGAUCGUCAUCGGCUGGUGCGGCAUGGUGACUGGCCAAUCUGUCGUGCUGUGGUCGCGUCUGCAUAUUGUAGAGCAAAACAGCAAAGUGCUACGCGCUGUCCUUUUUAUGAUCAUCAUUAACGCGAUCCUGCUCCAUGUACCCAUUAUUGUACUGAUGUUCGGGGCCGUGUCGGCGAAGUCUGCUCAGUUCCUGCGAGGUUAUCGGAUCAUGGAACAUAUCCAGCUUAUCGGCUUCUGUAUACAGGAACUGAUUAUAUCGACCAUUUACGUGUGGGAUACGGCCAAACUGUUACGCCUGCGUCCAAGGGCCCGGCUCAACAGUAUCCUGCAUCAACUACUCAUAAUUAACAUUGUCAUCGUUAUACUCGACGUUGCCAUCGUGGCCAUCGAGUAUAGAGGCUAUUAUGCUAUUCAGGUCAUGUUUAAGCCUGUUGCAUACAGCAUCAAGCUCAAACUGGAAUAUGCUAUUCUCGGGAAAUUAGUCUCUAUCACCCGCUGUCGCCAGAAUAUCCUCUCUUGUGCCAGCGAGAUCACUCCCACACCUCCGUCGCAGGAACUGCCAUUACAACCCUGUGAGCGUCAAAGCACCUGCAAUGGGAAGUAUAGCCUGCCGUGGCGUAGGGCAGAUUCGCAGCACUCGCAAACUUCGAUCUUGGACACAUAG